AUGAUAGGCGAUGGCAUCUCCAUUCAGCACCCGCAAGGCAGUGCCGGUAAGCCACUCCAACGCCAGCCUGAAAGACUUUCUACCGCGUACACUACUGCUCUCGAAGAACUCCAAGAACUAGAGUCUGAGCCUUUGUGCCAUCGGAUUGCUGCGCGUUUGCUGGUCAACAACUGUCACCUCCUCGACGGUCAGGAUGAAGCCACCAUUCACAUCGACAGUGGACGAGCAGCCCGAGAUUUUGUCGACUCUUAUGCGGCGAGCCUUGCUAUCUGCGACUUGGAACGGGGUAGCUUCAUGAUUCCUUCGACGUGCUCCAAAUUCCGAGAGUCGACUCUGGCAUCCCUGCCUGUCCCAGCAGCCCCUCAACUCCAUGUUUCGACAGUUGAGAUUGACGACUGCCUCGAGGGGCUUGCCCAGUCGGACUCCGCUUGGAACACCUGGGUGAGCUAUCGACACAAAGCAUUGCGGUUUUGUGAAGCUGCUAGAGCAGAUCAUGACAAAGCCGAGAACCUCCAUCUCUACCAGCGAAUCACCAAGAUCCUCGAGACAAUGACGAACAAGAUUGAGGUCGAGAUGGAAGAGCGCCUUCAGUCGCUCAAUCGCGCAUUCCUCGCUGCGAGUGAUUCAGUUGAGAACCUCAGCCCCCAGGUCCAGCGCCUUCGAUCGGAACUAGAACUCGCCAGUGAUGUUCUUCGAGAGCAGUUGGGCCAAGUUGCACAGGAAUCGGGAGAGACGGUUCGGAGCGGACUCGAAGACGCUAGAAGCCUGCAUCAGCUCAUUACGAUGCUGAUCCGUACAACCAAGGAGAGUGCUGUUGACAUUGCUUCCUCCCACGAAACGGCACUCGAAGUUGCCACCCAAAGAGCAAACAGCGAAGUUGAUGUCUUUGUGACUGCACUCACUACAGCAAUGGCGUCGUCUAUUUCUCUUCAGGACCAGAUGGCAGCGACAGAAUUGCGGACGACAGUGAUUCUUGAGAAGCAAGCAGAGAUCGAAGCUGGGAUGGGAAAACUUGAAGAACUGGCCGGAAAUUUACUCGUCAAGUACGACAAUCACGAUUCACGCCUGGAGCAAGCACAUCUAAAGACCGGCCAAGUUUUGGAGAUGCUUGAUGCAACUGCCGCAUCAGCUGCUGGCUUUCAAAGCUAUGUAUUUGGCGGUUUUGGAUUUGCUGGGCUUUGGCCUCACGUUGUUUUCCCGGCGCUUUCACUUACCAUGGGAUCCUAUGGUCUUCAACCUUCUCUCUGGAGAAACAUUUGGCUUGUUGGCGCUGGUAAGUUAACAGUCUAA